CAAACACCAGUCACUCAGUUUUCCUCCGUCUUCUCCGUUCGACUGUUCAUCUAGCAGCAAGUCAUCCUCGGCGGCGGCGGAUUCCGAGCAGAGCCCGACCAUCUCGUCGCGCCAGCCAUCCUGCUCAGUGGACGCCCGAUUGUUGCCAUCGCUCGUCGUCCUUGACCUGACUUGCAUACCUCGCUCCACUCAUUUCCAGGACUUGCUGUUCACUUGGCCUCCCGUUUUUCUCCGGCCCCAGUCUCUUCGCCAUCAUCCUCGGCAUACACUUUGCAUGUUUCCGACCUGGCUCCUGGCAUUCAUCUUCCAUCUUGUGUCAUCUUGCCACCCCGUAGGCUCGUGUCCUCGAGCCGUGCAUAGAACAUGUCAGUUUUUAGCCCCAUCACAACGUCGUCAGAAGAUGCGAGAGAGGCUUCCGCUCGAAGCAAUCUACGUUCAGGACAACUACCUCCCCAAUUCAUCGCAAUGCCAGCCCCGUUCUUCAACCCAUCGACGCAGUCCCUGUCAUCGACACCACAGGAAGAACUGCUGGAGAGCCCGCUCUUCUCCCCGGCUCUCGAUAUGUACCACACAGCACCUUCGACACCCAUUGCAUCCCCACUCAUCGAAGUCCCCUCUUCUGCCAUGCACCAGCGUGCGGCAGAAUCAUCCCCCGCCAAGCUGCACAUCAACAUCCCUGCCUCACCCCCCGACCGACGGACCAUCGAUCUCCCCAUCGAAGACGCUUUUCCAUCCGCCGAUAUUCCGGUAGACUUGGUCGAUGAUGAAGGACUGAGCGCGCUGGAAAAAAUAUAUCUGUUUGCCCGCAGCCAGUCGGUUUUCCACAGGCUGUUCAUCGUGCAUGCUCUGCCCUCGUUCCUGGAACAAGUCACGCCACAGGAGGCGAUCGAGUAUGUGUUGCCACUUAUUCCAUGUCUCGCAAUGGACGAAGAUGAGAGCGUCAAGGAAGCGCUUGUUGGGGAGCUGGUUCAUGUGAUAUGGUGGUUUUUCACUGUAGUUCAAUCUUAUCCACUCCUCGGCGCCAGCUCAAGCUUCUGCAGCAUUGCCAGGUUGUUCCGGAUGAUCCAGAUGUGGAGGAGACGGUAUAUGUGUCUGCCAUGAGCACGAUCUCUGUGCAGGCCUUCACACCCAGUUUGGGAACACUUCUACUGAGCCCGAACAAUAAAGUAGGAGGUGGCGCGAGAAUCGUUGUUGUGAAAGCGCUUGAUUGGAUGAGGAAACUAGACCGCCGCGAGUCGGGCACCCGUGUGCCAUCUCCCCUCCUGUGCCAUCUCCCCCUCCUGUGCCAUCUCCUUUCGACAGCGAUUCCGAUGAGGAGGAGGAAGAGCUCGUCUUUGUCGGUCUGUUUGGGAGAGAGGAGCGCCUCAUGUUCGAACAGGAACUUUUGCAGCAUGUCGUCAUUGGCAUGGGACGUCUGGAUCUCGACGAUGACGUUGAAAUGAGUGAGGGCGAUGUCAUUCCGGAAGCCGUGUGGCCGGCGGAGGAGCAGACGGUGCACGUUGCCAAUGCCGAGGACGAACCUACACCGCAAGUAACCUCGUUCAAGUCCCCGAAAGCUCCAGGCGCUUCACCGGUCUCUUCGUAUUUCCCACCCGCCGUGACUUGUGCGGUUCCCUCACCAGCCAGUUCGAAUUCGUCGACGCCGAAUUCGUCGAACUCCUCAUCGGACACGUCUUCAUCGGCCUCCUCUCCUGGUAUGCUGCUUCAUGCGGACCCAAACAGGUCGUCUACGGAAAUAUUGCCUUCGCUCCCACCAUUCGACGAAGAUGGCGCAUUGGAUGAGGGUGAAGGCGAUCAGGCGGCCGUUGGGCGUCUUUCGAGCAUGAGCCUUAUGGCGGCGGUGACUGCGAAUGGUGACCUCGACGACAACACCAAGCAUGCGUUUGUGCGUGAAGUCGAGCGAGUCGGUCAUGAUCCAGUGUACUGGGUGCGGCGCGAAGCAUCGUAUGCCCUGGGUGCCCUGGCCAAGGUGGUUCCCGAGGAAGUGGUGCUGCUGUCACUGAUGCCCCUUUUCGAAACAUUGCGGCGGGAUUCACAGUGGCACGUGAGGCAUUCUGCCUUGUUUGCUUUGCCGGCUAUACUGUCGCGGCUGCAUCCAGGCCAAAGGAGAAAGCUUGCUCUCGAAAGCGUGCUUCCUUUGUCGACGGAUGAAUCACAAACUGUGCGUUCUGGUGCAUUGGAAUGCCUGGGAGAAGUCAUCUACACUUUCCAUGCCGAUCCUGGUGGACCACCGAAAGAACUUGUGGAGCUUUUCCUAGGGCGGAGGGAGGAUAAACGGGUCCGGGACGGCCAGCAGGCUACUGAAGAAAGGGAGCGUUACAUCCAGUCGCUGCUGGGGCGAGCCAAUCCUACCUUGCCUGUCAGACCAGAGAGCCCUUUGACGUCAUUCUUCACCGACUCAGCUAGGCCUUUGAUCUGCGCGUUCAACAUGCCUGCUGUGGCACUGACACUAGGCGGCGCCCGAUGGCCUGAGUUGCGGCAGACGUAUCUGGAUAUCUCCGAAAACCGCGACCCGUCUAUACGUCGGACGCUGGCUGCAAGCUUGGCGGAGAUGGCGAAAAUCAUCGGGCCGGAGCAUGCGGAAGUCGAUCUGCUGGGCGUCUGGUGGGAUAGUGUCGUAGCCGACGACGAGGAAAUCAGGGAGCGAGCGUUGGGGAUAACAGAAGCGUUUGUCCCCAUGAUGGGAAGAGACAAUCGAGCGGCCAUGGUCCGGGGCUUGUUGGACGGCUGGCAAGCAGGUUCAUUUCGCGGUUGGAGGGAACGCAAGUCCAUAUCCAAGUCUCUGGCUGGACUUGCUUCGGCCGUCGGGGACGAGAUGCCCGAAGUGCUGCGAGCCUUGCUCAUGAAGGCGCUACAGGACGACAUUGCUGCAGUUCGCGAGGCUGCGAUUUCGAUUGUGCGCUACUUCCCAGUGAUCCUUUCUUCCUCGUUGAUCUUCCACCACAGCUUCCUCGUCUGUGGUGUACGCUCGGGGGCGCGGAUCUGCAACAGGAUAUCCGGCCUCUUUCCCAAGCCCAAGUGUACCGCAAAAGAAUGACGUUCGUAACCUGCGCGCAAACGCUUCUGACCGAUACGAAGCUGGAAUUGGAAGAUUUCUUCCUGCCCGACGUGACGGCUCUUGCGAAUGAUGCAGUAGUUGGUGUUAGAAUCGGUGUUGCAAGACUGGCGAGAGCUUUGCUAGGUCUGUCGACCUUCCUGGUCAUUCUCGUAACAACUGACUAGCCGUUAGAACGCUCUCGAGACUCUGGACGGCCCAUCUCUGGUCAAUUACUGGCGAUCAUUCAACAGUUGUCCUCAGAUCCCUCGGCCGUUGUCCAGGCCUACGUUCGCGGAUGCUUGGAUUCCGCGUUUAGUCCAACCACUGGCAAUCAGCUCACCCCUGGCAAGCGAUCCAGACCGGCAACAUUUUCACGGCCACCUCCUCCACAAUCUCAUCUCAACUCCAGGAUAUCCUGACGAAGAGUGAAACGCGUCGUUGAUGAUGGGGACUGAGUACGCACUCUGCUGCGGUUCAAGUCGAGAAGAGGUUGAGCCAUCACUUGCCGUGUUCAUUACAACUGCUGGCUGCAUUUAUUACAUAUUUCCAUUCGUAUUUUAAUGUAGCACUACGCUAUCGGAAGCAAGGAUUUCUUGAUCACCCGAAAGCCUAUUAGCAUCUACAGUACAUCAUUGGAUCUGACGAUCAGCACCUCGUGUCCUGCCUUCCGUCUCUCAUAUCGGGACAGCUCUGGGUUGCCGCAAACGCAUUCCAGCGGCCCUUGACGCGGCAGGCUCAGCGAGCGCUCUGACGGAUUUGCCAUGAACUUUCUAGCUCUGUCACGGUAUCUAGUUUUCGCUACUUUUAUCGUUCUCAACGCUAUCCUGGCAUCCGUUGCCGUAUGGAAUUUCAGUCUGGUCUCGAUGUCUUCGCGCGUCGCUCGUAUUGACAUCUACAUCGUCGUCGUCGCUGCUCUCGGCUUGGCUCUUACCUUCACCAUGUAAUUCGAAUGCAUGAUACAUCUCUUCCCUCUCAUCGAACAUCGGCUUUCCACCAGAAUUUUCACGGAACUGGUUCGCAAGAAUGCAUUUACCGCGCGGAUCUGGUUCGAGGUUGCCUGGACGAGUGUGUUUUGUCUGCUGGACUUGAGCGCUGCUGUUGUCGUGACCGCCAUCAGUCCCGUCGAUACGUGUGGAAGUACCG